UACAGACAAUUACCUGGGCUAAGUAAAAUAAAAUAAAAAUAGAUCUACUGAUCUGCUGACCAGCUAGCUAAAGUGUAGUCAGUGGCUAAGACAGAAAAGGGAAGGAAGAAGUUCAACACUUCAUUCAAGUCAUUUCAAUACAGCACAUGGGUUCAUCAUGGAUUGAGCACAGGUCUCUGAUCGCGCUGGUGAACGGUAGCGAAGUGUCUGUCACUAGAGAUGACAUGCAGGAGCUUCCUGCAAGAAUUUGUAGUCAUGCUGAGGUCUUCUCUUGCUAAUUCGUAUUUCAUUUUUGUAAAUUGAGGCUACUAAUAUUGAUAAUUACACAGUUAUCAUAACCUCACGCCAGGGUAAGCCUACUAAUGUACACAGUGAAUUUUACGAGCACUUCAAAUUAAGUAUGUGAAAAAUGUAUGGUGGAAAGACGAAUGGAACCAUUUCCGUGUUUGACCGCUAGGUUUUAUGGGUAUUAGGAAGCAUCCACUGUGGCAGACAAAAUGGCACAGAUAUAAAGAUGAGUCCUCUAUCUCUGCUGCUCAUUGGUAAGGUUGAGAAAAUCGGACGUUGAGUGAUGAGCAACAGGACACUGGUCAGGUUUCCACUAGAUAGCACAGCCACAAAGUCAAAAUGGGCUGUAUCGUAAAAAUUAAUUGGAACAAAAAUGUGCUUUUUGGUCUUAAUUUAAAACUGCAAUAUGUAACUUUUUGGGCUACCUGACCAAAUUCACAUAUAAAUGUGAGUUAUUGAUCUGUCAUUCUCAUUGAAAGCAACAACUUACAUUUAUUUAUAUGUGAAUUUGGUCAGGUAGCCCAGAAAGUUACAUACUGUCCAUGUGCAUUAUUUCUGCUUCCUGUUAAGUUUUGUUUAUCUUUUACUUUGUUAUGUACACCAACUGAAGAUACAAUAUUUUGGGUUAUGGAAAGAUAUUUUACAGCGGUUGAGAUGGUAAAAUAAUUCUCUACACUAUACUUAUUCAUUUAAUCACAAACUGAAAUUAGGCAAACUAUUAGAAUUUUUGCAACCAGGAAAUGUCAGUGAUUUCUGCAUAGUGCAUCUUUAAGGUUAGCAGUGUGGUUGAGGUUAGGUUUAAAAAUCAGAUGUUAGAAAUAGGCGGGGUUUAUGACUUUGGGGUGACAACUAGUGACGACACACUGUUCCGAGUUCACUAGUUAUCACAGCCACAAAGUCAUAAACCCUGCCUGUUUCUACAACUUCUCUUCUUAAAAUCUUAUUUUAAACAUCAUUAACCAAAAUUCAAAAGGCACUCGCACAUCUGAGCAAUCUCUGCAGGUGCAUGGCAACAGUUGAACAAGAUGAUGGGAGAAAGGAAACCGCACACUGAUCUUGGUAGUAAUCACUGAUAUUUAAUGAGCUAACGUAAACAACACUAACCACACGCCUAAACUUAAAUUAAGACCGAACACCACAUUUUUGUUUCCAUUCAUUUAUACUAUAUAGCCCAUUUAGGCUGUGGUAACUAGCGGCAAUUAUACAAAUUAACGUAAAGGUUGCGUAAACGUUGCAUUGCGCGUACGUUUACAACAGUCAGGCGAUGCAACGAUGAUCCAAUGACACCGUUUGUAAAGUAACUGUAAUAUUCAUGUGUAAACAUACUGAAUUGUAAUUGGAUGCAUUUUACCGCCGUAUCAUACUGUGCUAUGAUUGGGUAAAACCACCCAGGUGUUGAGGUAAUCUUCGGUUGAUCAUGGUAUGAGACAUGCCAGUUAUAGCUAAUAAAGAGCUAUGUUUAGAAAUAUCCGGUCGUACUGCAUUUUAUUAUUUUGUACAAAGCGUGCAAGACAGUAACUAUACUCUGCUAAUCACUGAAAGUCACCUGUGUGCUGUCCAAUUGUCCCUAGGCUUUGGGACCAUGGCUUAUCCAUUAAGGAGUGAAGUGGUCAGGCUGUAUAAAAAUCUCCUAUACCUUGGAUGGGAGUAUCCCAAAGGUGCUGGCUCCUUUAGGGAUAGACUGAAGUCUGCAUUUUUGAAUAACAAAGAUGUGAAAGACCCAGAGAUGAUUAAACAAAUGAUAGCCCGAGGGUAGUUUGUCAUCAAGGAGUUGGAAGCACUUUACUACCUGAAGAAGUACAGAGCCAUGAAAAAGCGGUACUAUGAACCUGAGGAAUGA